AUGCCCAAAAGAAGGAAAAGAAAAACGAUUCCUCUGGUUCAGGGUGUGACGGCCGCCUCCAUGGUCAAGAAAGCUGCCGCUGCUGCUGCUGCUGCUGCCAACAAUAACAACAAUAACAACAAUAAUAACAAUAACAACAAUCAUGGCAACAAUAAUGCGGACACGAAUCAUCCGUUGAGUCGCAACAAGAAGCGAAAACGAAACAAUCGUCAUCAUCAUCAUCAUGCUGCUACUGCUUCUGCUGCUUCUGCUUCCCAUGAAUUAUUAUUUUCCAGCACGGCCGAAUCCCUUGCCGUCAUUUCUCAAUACCACACCUUGAACAAACGGCUCGAACAAAACGAACGCGACACGACCAUUAGUGAACCAGAACGCCAACGAAUUGCCGACUCUAUCAAACAGCAACAAGAGGCCAUGGGUGGACUAGAUCGAUAUCAAAAAGCCAGCCUAUUUGGUGCCAAAUCCAGUAAAUUUGUCUGCGCCGAUUGGGUGGUCCCCCUGUUGUUGUUGUUAUUAAAGAAACAGCAAGAAUUAAAGGUAAAGAACAACAAGACCGACGAACCAAAAGGCAACAACACCACCACCACCAACAACAACAACAACAACAACAACAAUACUACUAAACUUCGGAUUCUAGACGUCGGUGCCAUUGACAAUCAAUAUCGUGGAUACGACGAUUGGCUCGAUGCGGUCCCCAUUGAUUUGCAUGGUGGUCAACAUGAAUCCGUCUUGCAGGUGGACUUUUUGGACUAUGCCCACGAAUUUUGCAAUGGUCGCGACAUGGCCUGCAAUCCUACUAAUGAUGGUGAUAAUAAUAAUGAUGAUGUUGAUAAUAAUGAUGAUGAUGAUGCAAAGAAGAAGAAGAACAAGAACAAGAAGGCGCCUCCACCAAAGCCGUUUGAUGCCAUUGUCAUGUCUCUUGUCUUGAAUUUUCAAGGCGACCCAAGACUCCGAGGAGACAUGCUGGCCCUGGCGGCCGAUCCGAGGCUAUUGAAAAUGACGAGUGGCGACGACGACGACGACGAGAAUGAUCAACAUGGACUUCCAGGAAUGUUAUUCGUGGUACUUCCGUCGGCCUCCCUUGACAAUUCAAGGUAUUGCGAUCUAGAACGAUUCAAAGAAGUUGUGACCAACCAAUUGUUUCAUUUGGAACUGGUGGAAACGAAGCGUUCCUCCAAAUUGAUUCUAUUGGCCUUUCAACGACGACGACGACGACGACGACGCAAGCGUGAUGGUCGUAUUGACAUUGAUUCAAAAGAUUCAAAAUCAAAGGACACAAAUCAGAAAGAACCAAAGUAUUGCUAUGACGUCAAAACCAAGACCUUUGACUAUGGGUCUCAUGAAAUGAAACGAUUGCAACCUCCCAAACCCGGUGCCAAACGAAACAACUUUGCAGUCAUUCUCAAGAGUAGCAAGAAUAGGGACGAGAAAUGA